GAGUAAGAGUGGGGAGAUCGUGUCUGCACAUCACAAAUGUAUGCAAUACUCUGCUCUGCUUACACAGUACAAGUUUAAACACUUUGGUGGGUUCAAAAUAAAUGAUGUGAUUAAAGAAAUUCAGCGAGGCAAGAAACUGCACUUUAGAGAGAGUGGAGCAUGUGAUCAGGAAAAAUUGUAACACAUUCAGAAGUAGGAUAAAUUUCGGACAGAGGAGUGUCUUAUAGAGACCUUUGCACUUUGCUGCCUUCUCUGAAGACUGAGAGAUGCUCACUUGGUGCAGAUGUGUUGUCAAGACGGGAAAGUCUCGCAGGACAGCAGCAACAGCUUGCUCCCUGUCCUGCACCCACCUUGUCCCAGUAACAUUCACUGGUUUUACAAUUGGUACUUCAAGAGCUUUAGCAGUUUCUUCCAGGCCUUCCGACAUAAGCGCAGAGUUACUGUAGGUUUUUUACAACACAACUAAAACUUCGUCUAUGGUAACCAUGUAUGGGACAGUUUUUGCAGCUACUUUUGUAGUCAGUCUUCUGCCAAUUCUAAUCGGUGCUGUACAGUGCUUCCCGGUUAAGUGAGGAACAUGGUCUUUUGUUAGAAGAGAUACUACACCUUUGUUUUUCCAUAAGUUAACAGAUGCACCAUCACCGCAACAUACUACAGAGACCCUUGCCAAUUUGGAAAAUUCAUGUCACAGUUCAGGGUGUCCACAAUUACACGAACAAGUCCAGGUGCAUCAGCUUUUUGUACAUGUUUAAAAGCUAAGAACUUCACGUACGGUUUAAAGUCCUUGUCCAGAACUCAGACGUACACUACCUCCUCUUCAAUAACCCCAAUGUCAGCGGAGCCUUCAGUUAUCAGUGAAAAAAAUAACUCUCUACAAGAAUUGAUGCAUAGGAGUAGAAGAAGAUUCAGCCGCUAAUCUUUGUGUCUUAUCAGCAGCAGCUGCAGAUCUGUAUGUGUCCCUUGACUGAUGUUUCACUAUCGUGUCCAGUUUAAAUGAGCUGGAUCCAUUAACAAAACUACAGACUCCUUUUCGAGACUGUUCAUAUUUUUGGCACAGUGAAGAAGUCAUUGUGUUUUUUGUACGGUUGAGAAUGAGCCACGGCCUAUCAUUUUUCCACUCCUAAAACUACGCUUAGGUGUUAAUUUUUUUCCUCACUGGAUGGUCUGCAUCGUCCUUUGUUUCAUCCCGGCGUGCUUGUACCUUAGGGUUGUUGUUGUUGUUGCUGUAACUUCAUCACUGUGCCAACACGAGAAAUGGCGAAUCAGUCAUAUCUUGCGGCUUGGGCUUUCCCUAUCCUUACGAAUACGCCGUUGCUCAUUUGCAGAAUCAUUUCCUCCACCAUUUGUUUAGUUUCAGUUAUUUUUGCUUUGCUGCCAUCUCUGGAUGGAGAAUUUACAGCGGUUGCCAUUCGCUAUGGCAACAGCCUGUAUAUGCAAGCCCUGCGAAUUAUUUAACUAGGUCAUCAUUCAAGGCUAUCACACUGGAACGAUUUCUCAGAGGGUUCAGUAGUGCUGCAAGUUUUCUUUAUUUACUGCCUACAAAACAGAAGCCUGCAUUAGGAGAAUGAUAGGAAUCUCUGAGCAAACUGAAAGCAAUAUCUAGAAAUGCCCAUGUCCAUAGUCCAUGAACAGCUCGCCGAGUGUCUUGAAGAAAUUUAGGAGCCAGAGUAAAACUUUACUCGCAAAUGACAAGUUGGCACCCAAGUAUUUCAAACCCUGUAACCUUCUUCAGAGUUGGUGAGAAACUUUAAAUAAAUGCUCUAGGGUUGGUGAGAAACUGGUAACUGGGUUGGCGAGAAACUGAUAAGUUACGGGCUCUUGGGCUGUUGACAAACUGGUAACUGGCGAGAAACUGAUAAGUUACGGGCUCUUGGGCUGCUGACAAACUGGUAACUGGCGAGAAACUGAUAAGUUACGGGCUCUUGGGCUGCUGACAAACUGGUAAUUUGAAGAUGCAGUGCAGGGCCCCGUAGACAAACCUAAUGAAUCCUCCUCGUCUUAUGACUGAAAAAUUGUUAAGUAAGACGUAAAACUGCAAGCAUACAUAUAGUAUUAAAGUGAACAUCUUCCUGAUGUCAAGGAAAUACUAUUUAAAGAGUGGUUACACAAGGUAAAAAAUUGGCAGCAAUCUGCACUCUGCCUUUUUGUUGUAGGCAUGUUAUGUUUGCAGAAAGCAGAAGACUCCCUUAGGUAAGACUGGAGCCACGGCAGGAUGUGCUGUCCGGAGAUGCUCCAGGACAUUUCACUUUUAUUGUGGCUCUGAGGACCAUAAAGUCAUCACAAAACGAUUUGUGAUGAACGACAAGAAAAAAAACAAGACAGCGAUAUUGUACAGAGUAUUCUGUUGUCAAGAACAUAAGGAGAAAUACAUUGCUGAUCUUGAGGCAUGUAAAGAUGACAUGCUCCCUGAUAGUGACAGUGAUGAGGACGAAGAUAAAGAUUUGGAUGACUGGAGCGAUAAAGACAAAGAGGCAGACCUGACAAAUGAAAAUGAUGUGUCUUAUCACAAAUUGGGAACCAGCUCUCCUAAAGCCACCAGCAUCCCUAAACCAAGCAGAUACGAGCACAGUGACGACAUCAACAAACACACUGAUUCCAAUCUUCCGGACACAGAUACAAACACACAGGUACCAGCUGUAUCAGGAAAGAGGCAAAAUAUGUGCGAAAUGUCAGGCAGGCCAUUGAAACGUUUGAAGAAAUCGAGUAAAGCUAAGCAGUCAGAAAGUGAUGGUUCAUCAGAUGUGGACAAAAGCUUCGCUGUGGACAGAUCCAAGGUAGAUGUCAAGCUGAUGCGAAAGAAUUUACCUGUGGUCAGAGUGACAGCUGUUGACAGUCAUUUAGGGCGUGCCUCCCCGGCUUCCUCGAGUGUGUCCGAAGCGUCUUCCUGCAGCACUUCUAAUGGUCACUCCACACCGGACAUCCCACCACGCCUGCCCUCUCAGUUGAGGAACGUGAACCUCACUGAGAAGGUCACUGAUAUAGUAGCAGACACAGUGGCCCUGUGUAUUGUGGGAAACCUAGAAAUCUCCACAGACAAGCAGGAUGAGUUAGUGAGCUUGAUACAGAAGCGCUAUUAUAUCAGCAAACAUUCCAUCUACCUGUGGCACAAGGUUGUGAAGAAACAUGGGCUGAAAUCACUUUAUAUGAUCCACUUUAUGUCGGAGUUGACUGAAAGUCUUGUGAAUGGUGAGGUACAGAAAAUGGAACGGUUACUGAUCUGCCCUCAGUCUCAAGGUGUACAGGAGAAGUUCCGCAACAUCCAGGCCCUUCAGGAUAAGUUGGGUGAUGGUUUUCGCUGUAAGCUGGACCAGGGCAUGUACAAAAUGGUUUAUGAUAAUCUAAAGAAGGUGAAGAAGAAAAGAGGCUGUACUGUAGGUGAGCUGUUACCUCUGGACGACGAUUGUGUACUGGUUUUACUAAUCCAUUCCAGCAUGGAGGGAACUGAAGAGCUUAUCAAUGUCUUCUCUCCAACCAAGGCUCUGGACAGGGGAGACAAUUCCACACGGGUCUUUUAUCCCCUAUGGCCUGACAAGAUGGCUAAACGGAUCAGACAGAGGUCUGUCUCACUCAGUCCUUUAGAUGCUCAAGAAGAGAUGAGGAAGUUAACGUGGUGGUCUGUGGCUAACAUAUCAGAACCUGUCCAACUUAAAAUCCUCCCACUAGAGAGAGAGAUUCUGUGUUCUCCAGACUACUUGGAAUCUAGCAUUGCUCUCCAUAUGUACCAGUUUAUGAAGAAGAUAUACGCGUUUAGCAACCCAGAGGUGCUGGUCGUCUGUGUUGUCUCUUUAGAUCAAAAUGUUGUGCAGCCCUCUGAAUACUUACUACGCGUGUUGAAAAGAUUCUUGGUGAAUGCUGACUCACUUCGCUAUGCGUUCGUGGAUGUCGCAAAUGUCAGCGUUUUCAAUCUACUGAAUGAACUGAAUGAGAUAGCCAGUAACUGUGAGAAGAAUCUUGAAUGUUUCAGCACGGUUAACCCUGAAGUGCGCAGUGUGACCACCAUUCUCUUAAAGGCUUCAAACAAAGCAUUCACAAAUUGCAGUGUCAGCAAGCAUCAUCAACCAAACUGUCUGAAGCAAAGUGGUUUAUCCAGAAGUUAUCCUGCCUGCCAUGAUAGUGAUGAGGAACCAAUGACAAGUCUUGUCAGACCAGAGGGUGGAGGCAGCUUUGUGGGGGUGAAAUUUGUGGAGGAUGGGGAAAUGCCUUCUACAAGUAAAGAAAAACGUCACCACGGUAGGCCAAGGAAGAAUCCAAGAUAGCCCUCCUUACAGUGGACAUCACUUCACCUGCAUCAGUACAGAAGUUGACGUUUCUGGCCAGCAUGAAAAAGAUACUUCAUUGGCACAACCUGACACGCCAUCCAAAAAGUUUUAUUGGGCUUUUACUGAACAUUUUUUUCUCUCAGUGUUUUAUAGUUUCUUUUAUAUUCCUAUCUUUUAUAUUUGCCACAAAAAGAAAAUAUCAUCCAUUAUGAAUAUACCCAAGUUUUCCUGAUAGUAUUGGAUUAUACCCUAUAAAGAAUUUUUGGCCAAGAUCAUCAAAGAUUUAAUAGGACAUUAAAUACACAUGCUCUGAAUGUAAGUCAGAUGGUGUUUUGCAAAGAUUUCACGUUAUAGGAAAAGGGUGGAGCCGAGUUACUAUAUCUUGUAAUUUCCACAAAAGAGCCUCAGGCUUCUUAAUGAAAGGAAUCUGAAUCAAAGGGUAGGAGGUCCACGGUAUAUGUAAAUGGGCUCUAUGUUCCAUACUGGUCUUAAGCUGAUAACACAGAGAGAAUUGAAGGUGUGCUCUGAGAAGAAAUGGCAGCUUUUUGAGGGUUAAUAUACAUGUAUGUAUGUUGACAUGCCUGCUCCUCAUUUUCUCAAUUUCGGUAUAUUAUAUUGUCCAUAUACAUGUAUGUAUGUUUACAUGCCGGCUCCUCAUCUUCCCAAAUCCAGUAUGUUAUACUGUCAAUAUAUAUGUAUAUAUGUUGACAUGCCUGCUCCUCAUUUUCCCAAAUUCAGUAUGUUAUACUGUCUAUAUACAUGUAUGUAUGUUUACAUGCCUGCUCCUCAUUUUCCCAAAUUCAGUAUAUAAUACUGUCUAUAUACAUGUAUGUAUGUAUGUUUACAUGCCUGUUCCUCAUUUUCCCAGAUUCAGUAUGUUGUACUGUCUAUAUACAUGUAUGUAUGUUUACUUGCCCGCUCCUCAUCUCAACAAUUGCAGUAUGUUAUACUGUAAGCAAACUCCUCAUACAUGUAUGUAUGUUGACAUGCCUGCUCCUCAUUUUUCCAAAUUCAGUGUAUUAUACUGUCUAUAUACAUGUAUGUAUGUUUACAUGCCUGCUCCUCAUUUUCACAAAUUCAGUAUAUUAUACUGUCUUUAUGCAUGUAUGUAUGUUGACAUGCCUGCUCCUCAUUUUCACAAAUUCAGUAUAUUAUACUGUCUAUAUGCAUGUAUAUAUGUUGACAUGCCUGCUCCUCAUUUUCCCAAAUUCAGUUUGUUAUACUGUCUGUAUACAUGUAUAUAUGUUUACAUGCCCUCUCCUCAUCUUCCCAAAUUCAGUAUAUUAUACUGUCUCUAUGCAUGUAUGUAUGUUGACAUGUCUGCUCCUCAUUUUUCCAAAUUCAGUAUAAUAUACUGUCUAUAUACAUGUAUAUAUGUCUACAUGCCCGCUCCUCACCUUCCCAAAUUCAGUAUAUCAUAGUGUCUGUAUGUAUGUAUGUUUACAUGCUCACUUCUGAUUUUCUCAAUUUCGGUAUAUUAUACUGUCUGUAUACCUGUAUAUAUGUUUACAUACCCGCUCUUCAUCUUCCCAAAUUCAGUAUGUUAUACUGUCUAUAUACAUGUGUACAGGGUGCAGCUCUUAAUAAGGAUUUGAAGAAAGCAAAUUAUUUUUUGCUGAUUAGAUGUCUUACAUCUCUUCAGUUAUAACAGGUCUUUUUGUGCAAACUUGUGAUGUGUAGAUCAUUCGUUUUAAAUUAAGAUAUUCUGCGUACUUUACAGUGCAUUGCAGUAGAGUAUGGUGGUCUGUCUCGCGUCCACACUCUAGCUCAGCAUAGCUGACAUAGUUGCUGGAAGCAAGCAAAACUCUCUGUAUGUGGUUUAAUGUAAAUGGAGAAGACUAAUUAUUGGUGGAUCUAUCAUCUUGUCAUUUGGCUUCCUUUAAAACACAUUCAUAGUUUUGUAUGUGUGACAAAGUAUAUAGACAAACCUGUACAGAAACCCUUUUGUAGGUCAUAAUUUUAGUGUUACAUAGGUGUCAUUACAGAUAUUUUGUUUUUGUACAUUUUAUUAUUUAACUAUGAAUUUUGAAGUAAACUACCAAAAUACAUGCAUAUAUACAUACAUGGCAAGUAGACCCUAUCAAAAAUCAUGCAAUGUUGUACAAAUAUUUUAUUUGUGAUGUACUUUAGAUUGUCCUGCCCUGUUUAUAGACCCCGGAAAAAAUCCAUUUUACCACAUUGUUUUAGAGAUGUGCUGGUUUAACAUCACACUUGAGCAGAGAUCAGUUCUUAUUUGAAAUGAGAGACUGCCUACUCAAUUCUUAUGCAUUAGCAAACAAAUCAAAAAAACUUACUACAUUUGUGUAAUGUACAGGCAGAGUAUUACUCAUUCCAUGGCUGCAGCUGUACUUGUGUCAUGAUAAGGAACUAUGAUGAUCAUCCUGUCACUGUAGGUAUUCACUGUUACUAGACUUGUGUAAUGUACAGGAAGAGUAUUACUCAUCUCGUGAAUGCAGGUGUACUUGUGUCAAGAUAAAGAACAGUGAUGCGCAUUCUGUCACUGAAGUUGUAGGGUGUUAAGGCAUGAUUAUGAUCCAAGCAUCGUGACUACCAGUGCCAUGUUAAGGCUCAGUAAUGAUUACCCUAUCACUGUGAGUACAAGUGCCAUGUUAAGGCUCAGUAAUGAUUACCCUAUCACUGUGAGUACCAGUGCCAUGUUAAGGCUCUGUCAUGAUUACCCUAUCACUGUGAGUACAAGUGCCAUGUUAAGGCUCUGUAAUGAUUACCCUAUCACUGCGAGUACAAGUGCCAUGUUAAGGCUCAGUAAUGAUUACCCUAUCACUGUGAGUACAAGUGCCAUGUUAAGGCUCUGUCAUGAUUACCCUAUCACUGUGAGUACAAGUGCCAUGUUAAGGCUCUGUCAUGAUUACCCUAUCACUGUGAGUACAAGUGCCAUGUUAAGGCUCUGUCAUGAUUACCCUAUCACUGUGAGUACAAGUGCCAUGUUAAGGCUCUGUAAUGAUUACCCUAUCACUGUGACUACAAGUGCCAUGUUAAGGCUCAGUAAUGAUUACCCUAUCACUGUGAGUACAAGUGCCAUGUUAAGGCUCUGUAAUGAUUACCCUAUCACUGUGACUACCAGUGCCAUGUUAAGGCUCUGUCAUGAUUACCCUAUCACUGUGACUACAAGUGCCAUGUUAAGGCACAGUGAUGAUUACCCUGUCACAGUGACCAUGGGUGCCAUGUUAAUGGCAUAGCAAUGAUUACCUUGUCACUGUGACUACUAGUGCCAUGUUAAGGCACAGCAAUGACUACCCUGUCACAGUGACUACUGAUGCAACAUUGAUGUUCAAUCUGCCAUAAGCCCCAGACAAGGAAUUUUCAGGAUUCCUUUUGCUCCAAUAUUCUUGUUGGUGUUGAUUACAGGUCACUGGUGCCAGUAGAGUUGUUUACGUUACUUUACAGUAAGAUCCGUUGCUUUCCACGAAUAUGGCAUAAUGGUUCACAUUGUGCUUUCUGUCCAGACAAAAUGUGGGAAGGGGACAGUGAUGGUCAUUGUUUCACUGUAGUGUAAAUCUUCAGUGAUGUCUAGUUAGCAAGUAGCUCUGAUAGCCUGUACUAAAUUUACAGGGUGAAAAUUAAGAAUAGAGCAGAUGUGUAAAAUAUUUAGAAAAUUUUAUUACUAAUUUUAUAUUGUUGAUGUUAGUGAACAUUGAUAGUGAAUGAAGUGUAAACCAUAUUAUAGAUAUUGUUUACCAUAGUUAGGAUCAUGGUACAUUCUUUUUCUAUCUAAUGAGGAAAUUUUGUUUUUGACUUCAAAUUUUUAUGAAGAGAAAUAUUUAAAGUAUUAAGGUGUAAUUUGGCAAAUUGUGACAGUUUAAAAUUAAAAUGCCAAAAGUGCAUGUUUUUAUGUAUAUCACUCUACUGAUCCUGAACCUGGCCUUGCAUUCUUUCUACUUGUGUACCACAUUGUGCCAGGCAAUGGCCACAUUGCUGGAACAAGCAGGGAAACUGAAUUCAUGUUAAUUCAUUUUACUUGAAGUCCUUUUGAUUCUGGCUUGUACGUUGGAAGGUAUUGCAGCAACCUGCGGAUGGCCGUGGGUCUCCAUCUUCUCUACAGUUUCCUCCCACCAUAAUGCCUCACCACAGUUGUAUGCUUAAAAUAUUCUUGACUGUGAGAGUCUGACAGAUUUAUCUGCGAAAAAUAUACAGUACUACACUAAAUGUGAAGACUUGUAAUAGGAAUGUACGUUAGUAAGAAACUGAAAGUCUGUGACCGCUUCUUGAACUCCGUAUUUUAGUAGCACCCAGUGGCCUACAAGCACAGAUCGGCCCACAUACUGUACGGGAUGCUUCACCUAAGGUUUUGUUUAACGUAAUAAAUUGCUAUUUGCAGGUAUUUCCUACAUGUCCUGGAGACUUGAGCCGGCAUUGAUCAUUUACUUCCAUUGAAGUGGUCCACUAGAUCCAUGACCCGGGUUACA